GUAUCAGCUACAUUAGAACAGUUCAGGUUGUGGCAGCAGUGCCUGAAGUGCGCCAAACCACGGAAUUGUUGCCAUAUUCUGGAGAACCAGUCCGUUUUCUCGGGAAAAAAUUGUUCGGAACGGAUUUGAGGUCCGUUGAAACAUCUUCAGCACUCAGCAAAAAUAAUCUGAUAAUCCCCAGACUCCCAAACUGAGGGAACAGACCGGGACCGUUGGGACUUAUAGGACAUAUUCUGGUUACUACUGCGCAAAACAAAGUACAGAAGAAUCUAAUUACACGUACUUGUAUUGUGGAGCAAACGGAUUGGAUGCAUUAAACGCCCCGUUAUCCAGGGCACUGUUAUUAAGCUUGUGUUUUGAGGGGGUUGAGCAGCCGCACUGGAUUCAACGCUUGGGAUGCGGGAUCCCUGAACUUGUCUGCUUCUUAUCCGCCUCGUCGAGCGGACUUUUCAUCUGCAGAAUCAGAUAGAUUCGAUCAGCAUCUUACACGGUCUUUGGAUGUGAUCUAGAUUCCUGGCUGUACUAAACUCUUCUGCAGACGUUGCAUUGAAUGCAGUUUUAAUAACAGUUGACUUUCUGUCGUAUAGUGAAGGCUGGACAGAAGUGGAUUGUGUUGAAGUUGCAUGAAUCACCGGAUCGCUCUUUGCAGAUCGCGAUAUCAGAUCGGAUAUUUGGCGCAAGGCGUGAAGCGCGAUGGCGAUGUUGGCGACUUUUUGGAUAGUCCUGUUGGUCGCGGUAAACGCUCCAGCAGGGAACGGGCAGUCGGUGCAGACGGACCCCAGCAAGUCUGGAUUUGUUGGUGAUACAGUCGAGCUGCGAUGUCUCUUUAUCAACGGGAAGCCACCAGUGAAGAUCUCUCAGGUCACCUGGCAAAAGCUGAUAAAUGGCACCAAACAAAAUGUUGCCACCGCCAACCCAGCCUUGGGAGUCUCUGUGCUGCCUCCUUUCAAAGACCGUGUGAGCUUCAAGCACCCUGCUGUGCGCCAGAGGACCCCUUCUUCUCUUGAGGAUACCACCAUUGUGUUCACCAGCCUGCGGCUGUCUGAUGAAGCGGCCUACAUCUGCGAGUACACCACCUUCCCUGCAGGCAACAGGGAGAAUAUGGUCAACCUCACCGUCUUUGCACGGCCAGUGACCAAGAUGACCUUGACUUCACCCACUAUCGUGGCAAGGACUCCGAAACGCAAGAUGCCCGUGGCCACCUGCAUGUCAGCUAAUGGCAAGCCUCCCAGCGUCAUCAAAUGGGACACCACUCUGAAGGGAGAAGCCACGUUUCAAGAAACACGCAAUCCGAAUGGCACUGUGACCGUGCGCAGCAACUACCUCGUGUUGCCCAGCCGCGAGACUCACCGACAGAAGCUGACCUGCAUCGUCACCUACCGCGCAGAGCGCUUUACCGACAGUGUCAUACUCAACGUUCAGUAUGAGCCGGAGGUAAAAAUCGAGGGCUUUGACGGCAACUGGUACCUGAAUCGUCAAAACGUGCAGCUCACUUGCAACGCAGAUGCCAACCCGCCCGUCACCGUCUACCAGUGGAAACUGUUGAAUGGAUCGCUUCCCAACAAUAUUGAAAUCAAGAACAACACCCUGUACUUCAAAGGCCCGGUGACCUACGAGCUUGGAGGAACGUACGUCUGUGACGCCACCAAUAGCAUCGGCACACGCUCUGGAUUGGUAGAGGUCAACGUGACGGAAUUCCCUAACUUCCCACCUGAUGGCCGUGAGAUCCCACCGGAGCCGCAUAGUUCCGGCGCUGCCAUUGGCGGCGCGGUUGGCGGGGUGGUACUGCUGGUGGCCGCCAUUGGGCUGCUCGUCUUCUUCCUGCGACGUCGCCAGCGCACCUUUAAAGGUGACUACAGCACCAAAAAACAUGUGUUCGGGAAUGGAUACAGCAAGGCCGGUGGCGUGCCUGCCCAUCCUCCGAUGCCCAAGAACCUGCAGUACCCCGACGACUCGGACGAUGAAAAGAAGCCGGCUCAAAUUAGCGGGCCCGGCGGUUUCGAGGGCGGCGAUCGAGAUUUCGACGGCAACUCUGAGGAUUUGAAGAGACCCUAUUUCACCGUAGAUGAAGGCGAAAGUCGUGAUUACGACGAACGGACUCUCGCCUUCCAGUACGACCCCGAGCCCGAGAUCGCCGACGACAUGGUCUCCCAAACCGACGGCUCUGUUAUUUCAAAGAAAGAGUGGUACGUGUAGAGUGGCAUGCAACGACACGGAAAAAAGAUCAACGACCUUUUGCCCUCUCCUGCAUCCGACCACACCCACCCACCUCCAUCACUAGAACCCUCCCUCCAUGUGUUUAUCCUUAUCUGCACAUCCCACCCCUGACCCAGUAACCUCCGCCCCCAUCAGAGUCCAUCGAAAACAGCUGUAGAAAAAUAGCUUGCAGCAUCAACACGUCAACAUCAUUGCACAUCCUCAUGCUUUUAGAUGAACCUGCUGCAACAGCAAGAAGUUUUCCCACUGACUGAUGCCAAUCAACAUCCAGUAAGGCUGGACAGGCAGGUCGCUUGAAAAUAUUACAGUGUAUUAUCCUUUUUGUCUCAUUUUGUUGUUAUUAUAAAUGUAUUAAAUGUAUAAAAAGAGACUGUAACUGUUUUGGAAAGGGGUAUAUUGCUGAUCAUGUUGUGAAAGUCUUACACUGGAUGUACGAUUAUUUUUUUAUUGUUUGUCUUUUUUUAAUCUCAUUAGCAUACUACCAUUGCUUUUACAUUAAUAGUUUUGCUCAUUUUUAUAUAGUCUUGCUUUUUAUAUGGAGUGUUGGUUACCAGAAAAUGUGGAACUAAAUAGUCAUGUAGUCAUGUGUCAUUAUGAGGUCAAAGGUCACAUUAACACUAUUGUGUUUAUUGGAAACAUAAUUCUGCAGUUCUUGGCACAAACGCUGCUUCCAACAUCCUAAAGGACCCUAAAUGUAGGUUCAGAACUAACGAACAGGGUCCGAAAAUGUGGCAUAGCCUGAAAGCGUACAAUUCAAUGGGGGAGAAAAAAAAGCAUGUGGGUUCUGACUGCUCUCCAAAAACAGUAUUUAUUUUAAGACCCGGCUAUGCUGAGAGCUGAGGAACACAUCUGCAGCGUUAGUCAUAUGCACACUGCAGUCAAGCAUGCCGAACGGGGCCUAGACAGAUAUACUACACCCACCCACCCGCCCCUCAAUCUCCAUGCCAGUCUUAGUCAGUCUCCAUCCAUAGAUCCACCUCGGAUGUGCCAUCACAUGUAGUGUUUUCAUUGCGAUGCUUUCCAAAAUCCAUUUCCUCUGAAACUCUUAAGACGCAAAAGGAUAAUCCUGUAAAAUGUGGUGUUGUUAUAAAGACAGGGUGUUUGUUAUUUAGAGUUGGUGAUGUGGAGUGGUCAAAAUGUUUUAAGAUCUUGUAAAUAUGAACAGGUUCAACGCUAAUGUUUAGUUCCACAUGGGAUUGUCAACCACCAUUUAGAGCCUUUUGAUGGAAGAAGUUUUUCCAAGAGCAGGUAGCGGGAAAGGCAUGGGUCAUGGGAAUGAAAUUGCGGAAAAGUCUCAAGCCAAAGUGAAAUCAGAGGUAAACAUGGCAGCAACUGGGCAUCACAGACAGCUUGUUAUGUACCGCUGGAUCUUUGAAACCACAGGAUCUGCUGCGAAGCCAGGAAUCCUUUCCAAAUCUUUCCUGAUCCUCUAUAAGGAGCAGAUCUGUUGGCUACAAAUUAGUAUGUAUUUAAAUAAAUAAAAUGGCUGUUCAUAAAGAUACUGACACCUGUUUGGCUGCAAAAUGUACUAAGCAUUCAGGCCUUUUUAAUGCAUGUGUGUCUUUUUUAAUCACUCUUUGUUUGGUUCAACUCUCACUUUUUGCAUCAGGGUUUGGUGUUUGUGAAAGGGUGGGCAGUUUUCCACUAAAGGAUUUUAUUUCCAGAGACAAAUAACCUCCCUAACUGCAUCCAUAUCACCCUACAGAAAAAAUGCAUUAGUGGAAUUUAACAUGGCUUGUCCAUUAAAUAUUUAAUUCUCUUGCCAGCCUUAAACGGGACACUGUACAAGACGAGAGAUUAGAAUGCUGAACCUCUGUAAUCACAUAGACAAUCCAGGAGGACCUAUAAAUGGAGGACACUCCAGAUGAACGCCACUUACUAAAGAAUUCUUGCCCAUGAGCAGGUCCACACAGAAUCUGAAGGCUUUUUUCUGCAUUAAAGCUAGGAGUACCACACUCUUUUUGGUGGAUGAAGCCAUUGUCAAAAGAAUCGACACAAUAAACAAACUAGAACUUGCAGCCGCAGAUUCCUUGUGGUCCAACCCAUGAGGGUAAUAUACAAACAUCUAAGCUACAUAUGAAUAAAAACUUUAAUGGUAACCCAUGCACAUCUUGAUUUGACCUAAAACAGACCACAUGAUGAUUAACUGUACAUUUGUUGCUUAGCAAACCUUGUAUUUUAGCUUAGUAAGGUCAAUGUGCAGCGUUAUACAAAUUGCAGUGCCUAUGAUGUGUGAGAUGUAAGGUUUUAUGGUUUUUUUUUAGAUCUGAAUCCUGUACAUAUUGUUUUCUUUUAUUCUUUUUUAGAGUUAUUGUGUCUUGUCUGCCCUCACUGUACAUUUUUACGACAUUGACAUGAUAAACAUAUGAAUCUACAGAAGUUGGCCAGCGCGGUGGAAAGCGCAUCGCCUGGACUUCGAGUAUUAUAGAAGCUGUAUUUUUACCAGAUUUUUUAAACCCUCAUAAAUAGAAAUAUUAUCUCUCUGCUUCAUAUGACAUGACAAAAAUACAAAAAGCAGCACAUCGCUGGUCUGUCAGCACUUUGUUAACCAGCUCACAACUGGAAACCUGCUGCUUAAUCAAGGCCAUCAUUGAAAAGACUGGCAUCACUUCAGCUAAAGCACAAGUUUUUGUUCCAGAAAUUUAUUUAGUACAUAAUUUUAUAUGUAGUUAUUUUCAUAUCGCUUUCAUUUCUCUCUCAUUCUUUCAUUGACAAUGUGCCCCUAGGGUUUUGUCAGUUUAAGGGUUCUUUUUUUUAUUAUUAUUUUCUCAAGCUAAGCACAAGUUAUCCAUUCACCAAAUAGCUAUUGUGGCUUUAAAUGUCAAAUAACAGAUUUCAAUUGACUACAAUUAAUAUUCAUGACCCGUAUCAGCUGCGUUUUUUGGUUUAUUGUCUUUUUUUUUUUUUUUCUUGGAGGAUCAGUUGAUGUUGAGGCUUCUAGCAAUGUUAAAUAGCAUGGGCAUACUUAGAUUUUUGUUUUGUUUUCUUUUUGUUUUAUAUAUUGUUCUAUAGACAAAAUAUUUCUUUUUAUUCCUUCUUUUAUAUGUUCCUCAUUUUCUUUAGAUAUAAAGAUUUUAGAUUUUUCAUUCCAGAGUCUUAUGUCUUUCUAACUGCCCACUUCAAAGCCUGACAUUCCACUGUAAAUAAUGUACCUUGGAAACUAUAGCUGGGUUUACUGUAUGUAGGGGGAACAGAAGUGGUGGAGUUUCAAGUCUGGACGUUGACUGCAAACUGAACUAGAAAACAAAUUAGACCGCUCAGACGGCUGGAGAUGUAUAGCUUAUUGCCAUAAAUCUACUUUGACAUUGACUUAGGUAGAUAGGUUUUGAUAUGUUAAUGGUUUCUGUAUAGAGAUGUGGGGAUGAUGCAUUACAAUGACUUUGUACAUAACUUCAACAAAACAAACAAACAAAAAAACAAAAACAUAAAGAAAGAUCUUGUCUUCAUGCAGCCGUGUGAAUGUAUGUCUGCUGAGGUCGGUAAUGAUAUGAAAAAAUAUAUAUAUUGUUCACAUGUGUUGACCCAGUGAAGUAAACUGUAUUUGCUUUAAAACAUUAAAUGAUUUCAAUGUUCAAA